AUACAAUGUACAUCAGGCCAGAUGUGUGAAUUCCCCCCCCCUUCCCCUGCACACGCAACUGACCCACUGUUACUUUGGUAGUUAUCCUAAAAUACAAUGUGAAAACUGCAGACAAAUUUGACAGGGUUCAAUUGAGUUUUGUGUACAAGAGGCCAGGAAUGUGUGUUGAGACGUCUAUUGGUUUGAUAGCUGAUAUUCACUUGGCUUUGAGUCUGUUUGAUUGUUCAUUCUAUAGAGGUUCUGCAUGGCAGCCAUAUUUCCGGGAACUAUUUUUGGCGCGGAGGGAUACAUGUAGCACAAAAGGUCUACUCGUGUGUAUCUCUGUGGAACAAAAGCUCUUACCGGAAAAAUGGCUGCCAUGCACAACAUCUAGUACCUGACUUACAAGCACUUGUGUGGGGGGGGGUAGUAAUUGAAUGCACUGAGGAAGCCCCCACCAGCUGUUAUUCAGAUAACCAUCCAGCUGCAAUUAGUUCAAACAGCUGGCAGAAUGGUGCAUCAUUGUUAAUAUUGUUGAUUUAUGUAAAGAAGUCGAUGUACAUGUACAUGUACUGCCUCUGGAGGCCUCAAGGCUAAAUUGUGUAUAGUUUGCAAAUGAAAAGCUGGACCUGCGUCACAUUGGAGUUGCUGCUUUUCCUACCGACAUCAACAAGGGAAAGGCAGACAAGCUUCAAGGCCCGAUGGUUUUACAAGUGCAAAAGACGAGGAACAUCUCCGCCCCCAAAGUCAAUGAGGAUUCAGGUGUAGCCCCGCCCCUCCUACGCCUGCAGCUGACAGAUGGCCACACCACUGCCAUGGCACUCGUUAUCAGUAACAUUACCAAGAUUGGUUUGUCCACGCCGCCAGGCAGCAAGGUGAAACUGACUGGUGCAGUGGCCUGCAAUCAUGGCUUUUUACUCCUCACCACCAGCAACUGUGCCUUCCUGGGUGGUUACGUCAAAGAACUGGUAGAGAGGUGGGAACUGGCAAAGAGUUUGUACCACCACACGAGAACAGCAGCUGGCGGGUCCAGCGGCCCACCCCCCUGGGUUCCAUUUGGACAAAGAAAUAAACAAAGAGAGGCUGGCCAGAAGGCUACAAAAGUCACAAUGAAGAAAUCCCUGGAGGAUCCCAAGGCCAAGGAGCAGACGGACCAGGACAAAGAAUUUGCCGAGCAGCGCAAGGCAGCCAUCCAGGAGGUCAACAAGAGCAAGCCGGGCCUGGGUAAGACCUUUGGGGGCACCAAGGCGCCCGCGGCUGCCCUGCAGGUCAAGGAGGGGAGGGAGACAGGCAGGAGAGGCCGAGACAGCUUGAGGAAUGUGAGGAGAGGGGAGCAAGGUGAUGACCAGCCAGCCACUGGGAAAACCCGGUUAGAUGGGAUCUACCGCGACCUGGAUUAUGGGGGUUACCAGCCUGCCGAGAAGGAUAUUCAGCAACUCGUGAGCAUGGGCUUCCGGCGAGACGCUGCGUCAAACGCUCUCAGGAAACAUAUGGGCAAUGCCGACGCAGCAGUCGAGAUGCUGCUGAAGGAGCCUGGCCCAUCAGAGCCACAAUCACAGAAGUUUGGCAGACAAAGGCCAGACACUAGGCCAGAUCGUAGCCGUGGCAGUGGCCGGAGGGGCAGAUGGGGUGACGAUGAGGAGGAGGGGAGCGCCCCACCCACGGGUCCCGCUACUCUCUUUGACUUCCUCCAACCUAAACUAGGAAAAGAUAAUGAGACAGGUUCCCAGUCCACAGGCCAAGCAUCCAGGAAGGAUCUGGGAAGGUUCCGCGAUUUUUCUGAUGAACAGCCCAGCUCCGUCACGGAAGCAGGGAUAAGUUUUGUCCACGAGGGAAGAAGAUCAAACUACAAGCAGGUGGAAUGUCAGGAGGGAGGACAUCAAAAAGACAAUAACAUGGAGAGGGGUAGAAGGAGUUAUCAAGAGAAGUCAAGCUCUGGAAGGACUGAUGCUAACCCAGCUAGAAAGGAUGGUAGAGGCAGGAAUCCAGACCGUAACUAUGGCAACAAAGAAAACAGCAGCUUCAGAGACAGAAACUCUGCCCAAGACAGGCAUGGUGACAACAGACAGGGUGACAGUUACCAGCAGAGAAGGAACAACACAAGAGGGGAUGGUCACCAGUACAAUGAGAGCAGGGGAAACUAUCACAGUUCAAGAAACCAGCAGGAUAACAUGAGCCGGGGUCAGGACAGACCAGAGAGGAACGCGAGCUUUAGGUCUAGAGAUUUUCAAGACAACCGACCUCCACGAUUUCAGAAGCAGAAGAAUGCGCAGCUCUCACAGGUUGACAGGCAGCCCAGUAACAGGUAUCCCAAUUACCAGGGAGUCGGGAACCAGUCACAACCUGCGGAAACCUUGAGCAGCAACUCUGUCUUCAGUGGGUCACAAACGCAGCAAAGACCCAACCUGAACCCGGGAGAUUCCUGCCAGGCCAAGUACUGGGAAGACAAUCGGUUUUACGAUGCAGUUGUGACUGCCAUUCACCCCAGUGGAAAGACGUGCGUUGUUGUAUUUUCUGAGUAUGGCAACCACGAAGAGGUCAAAAUGACUGACGUCCGACCAUUGCCCUCAGGGGAAUGGAGGAGCCCUUCCCCGGGCCCACCUGUCCCUUCCCUCCUGAUGUCCGGCAAAGGGGGAACGUUUGAAGGCUCCACGACCACGCAUCUAGAGUUCCGUCAAGGAGGGGAAGGGACUGUCUACACCAGGCCGAGACAGCAGCGGGAGCCACGCAGGAAUGUCCGACCCGCCCAAAGCCUCUACGAGCCUCCCAGCUCACGGAAAUGAUGUCUGUGCGGUAGGCUAUUUGCUAAGAUGAUGAAGCACAUUGCUUCAAGACAGUUUGAAGUUAACCACUUGUAGCUACAUGUACAAAGUAUGAUCAGAAGGUCAGAGGUUGCAGCUGUUGGCCACAUGCUGCAGCCUUGGGCAAGCCACUUCACCCUCACUUAUUUCUCUCCACCCAGGAGUAUCAGUGGAUAUCCUGCGUUAGCAGGCGAGCAGCGUCCAAUGGACUGGCAUCCCAUUCCUAGAGGGAAUGGCAACAUGUCCAGUCUCUUCAUGCCACUCAAACAUAGGAAAAAAAUGCUGGCCUGAUAAACUCUGCUGGCUCACGAUGGACUUUGCAUGCACUUGUUAGAUCCAAAGUAUCCAACUUCCCUCGUUUCCCCUUUCAACCCUAACCCCUAGGUAGUAGACGGAUCAUGAGUUUAAUUUUGCAGAUGGCCCUUUUGGAAUGGUAACACCCUUUCCCCCCUUCCAAAUUAUUUAUGAACACUCUGCCAAAGGAAGGAGCUUAUUUUGCCGGAACUACGGUUGUGACUUCUUUUUGAAAAAUAUUUUUUCAUUUGAACAGUAAAAUUGACGUAACUUUUUAUCUGUCACUCGGAACUAUCCACCUGAUCUCAAGGGUGGUAAUCGGUAAUCCCUAGCUCCAUUUUCUCCAUUGCUCCACAUGUUAACUCUGUAGAAAAGUCCUUUCACCUUGUUUUGAUUCAAGAUGGAGGAUUCGAGAAUAAGCCCCGACAAAUGCCUGCAUGGAUAAUGACACGUGUGCCUCUUCAGUGGCAAAUUGUAUUCUCCGAAUGCAGGCAUCCUAGGUAGAUGUAUGCAAGUCCUCAUAGUCCGAUUUCUCUGUGGGACAUUUUGAUAGUGUAGUCGUGACUUGGAGCAGUCAGGACAUCAUGCGGCAGAUCUUACUUAAUGUCUUAAGACAAAUAGUGCAUUCUUUUUACUUAAAAGAAAUGGAGACACCGAGCCCUUAUACAAUAGAGGGUGGACUGCCCACUCCAAAAUCUGCAAAAAUACGUCAAAAUAACAGACUUUUUGGACAGAUUUAGGGAUGUAAAAGUCGGGCGCGCUGUGAAGUGUAUCCAAGAAAUUUUCAUGACUUGUAACUUUUCUAUUAGUGCAACCUCAUUAGCAUUUUCAUUGUUGACUAAUAUUUAUCUACUUACUUGGUAAAUUGCAGUUUGCAUGUGCUAUCCAGCAAGUGCCUUUAGUUUUUGACCUUUCCCAAGGCUAAUAAUACUUUGAAUACUUUCCUCGGAGAACGA